CCGGAAGCAGUCAGGUGUACUGCCGGAAGUUCCUUUUGUUGACGAUCGGAUGUUUGUGUUUCGGCCUCUCUCUUGACUGUUUUUGUCUUUUUCUCUCUCAUUUGAUUCACUGAAUCGUACAACACACAGACGUUGUUCGUGUCGGACUGGAGGGUGUCGUAUAAAAACCGAGUCAUUGUCUCAACUCGCGGUCAGGCCCGUCCCUGGGCUAACGUUAGCCUAGCGUUCAGUGAAGUCCUGCUAAGCUAGCGUUAGCUUGUGUUAGCCGUCAGCCCAGCUGGCUUAAAGAGACAACCGUCCACUCGAUUAACUCAUCGAUAGGCAACGGUCGAAACAGACAUUAAGAAACCAUGGCAGUUGUCAACGAAGGUGCCCUGAAGAAAAUGCUGAAGCAAUACAAGUACAGAGAUCUGACUGUUCGAGAGAUAACCAAUGUCAUCUCCCAGUACAAGGACUUGAAGCCAGUCAUGGAUGCCUAUGUGUUUAAUGACGGUUCCACAAGAGACCUGAUGAGCCUGACAGGGACAGUCCCAGUGAGCUAUAGAGGCAAUGUCUACAACAUCCCAGUGUGUCUGUGGUUGCUCGACACAUACCCCUACAACCCUCCCAUAUGUUUUGUCAAACCUACCAGUGCCAUGAUGAUCAAAACUGGCAAGCACAUCGAUGCCAAUGGAAAGAUCUACCUGCCGUAUCUACAUGAGUGGAAGCAUCCUCAGUCAGACCUGUACGGUCUCAUCCAGGUGAUGAUCGUUGUUUUUGGAGAGGAGCCUCCUGUGUUUUCUCGUCCCACUACUCAAGCCCCCUACCAGUCCUUCCAAGCAGCAGGGCCUCCAAACCCUUCCUACAUGCCUGGCAUGCCGGCAGUGUCACCAUACGGUCCAAGCGCUAACCCAGGAGGCUAUCCAGGAUACCAGUACCCAGGGGGUAACUCUUAUCCAGCCACCGCAGGCCCUGCACACUACCCCACCCAGUCUCCAGUCUCGACAGUCGGUCCAAACCGAGAUGGCACGAUUGGCGAGGACACCAUCCGCGCAUCACUGAUCUCAGCAGUAAGUGACAAGCUUCGCUGGCGGAUGAAGGAAGAGAUGGACAGAGCUCAGGCUGAGCUAGACGCCCUGAAGCGGACAGAGGAAGACCUGAAGAAAGGACAUCAGAAACUGGAGGAGAUGGUCUCAAGACUGGACCAGGAAGUGACCGAGGUUGACAGGAACAUCGAGCUGCUGAAGAGGAAGGACGAGGAGCUGAGCGAGGCCCUGGAGAAGAUGGAGAACCAGUCCGAGAACAAUGACAUCGACGACGUCAUUGUGCCGACCGCGCCGCUUUACAAACAGAUCCUGAAUCUGUAUGCUGAGGAGAACGCAAUUGAGGACACUAUCUUCUACCUGGGAGAGGCCCUCCGCAGGGGCGUCAUAGACCUGGAGGUUUUCCUUAAGCAUGUACGCCUUCUGUCCAGGAAGCAGUUCCAGCUCCGUGCCCUCAUGCAGAAAGCCCGGAAGACGGCCGGCCUUAGCGACCUCUACUGACCCCCCCCCCCCACACACACACACACACACACACACACACACACACACACACACACACACACACACACUCACUGACUACCUGACUACCUUUUGUAUCUUCACACUCUCCUUCUCCCCCCCUUCUUCCUCCCUUUUGUUUGAUCCCUAUUUAACAUCUUCUUGCAUUUCAAACUGCCGCUCCUUUGAAAAAAUUCACAAUGAAAAAACCUGUGACAGAAAUUGGAGCGGCAACACUUUACGGACAACUGGACUGUUCUUGUUUAGCGCGGUGAAGUUUCAAACUGGCCACAGUUGUAGUGUGACACUAAUAAUUUGUAUUUAGAUCUAACCAAAUACUUUUUUUGAGAUCAUUAUACAUCAACAGUCAUGACCCAGAGACACGACAUUGUUACUUUUGUGGCCCAAUAUAAAAUAAAACAAAAACACUGUCACCGUGCUGUGAAACAGGUACUGUGCUCGACGUGAAAACCUUCCACAGUCACAUGCUAUACUUGUAAAAUUGAGGUGCCAGCACCUUCGGUGUGUAAUGUGUGUGACAAUGAGUGCGUUUGUGGACUAACUGGGUUGUGAGUGAGUGUAUAUGCUGCAUUGCAGGGUGCCCCCACAGGUUCUGUUAGUGACCCAUUUGCCAGACAAAGUAAUUUGACUAGUAAGCACAAAUUGUUCGGGGGCUAGUAGAGAGGGGCUUUGUAGAGAGCCCCUGUAUGUCCACAGCCCCACACCCCUCAUAAUGAAAAGGUUAGGCCACGAUAUUAAUACCCAGGGCAACCUUUCGGGAAGGACAUGGGCUCGGUGUCGGGAUUUGAUUCUGCAUGGGGUCUGGGUCUUGUUCAGUUAUCCACAGAGUCAAAUGAAAAUCCUUUCAUGCAAUAGAAGUGAUGAUCAACGUGGAGCUGAGCGGUGUUUCUGUUUUGUUUCGGCCUGUCAAUGAGUUGGAAUUCUGAGUUCCCAUCCACUGGCCCACACUUUUCUGUAUAACCUUGAUCUGUGUUUGUCUUAACGACGGUGUGGUUGAGGUUCUUUCAUCACGUGUCAGCUGCUCAGGUCGACUCUCUGACUUCAUUAACUAGUAAAUCAUGUACAGUGGUUGUUUUACUCUGUGCAGUGUCUUUAAUUAAUGCAGGUGGCAGUCUUGACAUCCAUAAAUCUAAAAGCUAUUGAAAAGUUUUUUGUUUCUUUACUUUUUCUAUUUCCCCUCGUGCUGUCCAGUAACUCCUACUGAGAAGUUUAGGUUUUCAGUAAAAGGUUGUGAAUUAAGCCAGAGCUUUGGAGGGUACAAAAAAAAGUGAAUAAAGGACUAUUGUACUGAUCAAAAAGUUCACUUAUGUAAAGUUUGCAAAACAGGUCUCAUUUAAAUAAGCCUUUUACUAAAUGCACUUUGAAUUGUAUGAUAGUUUAUCUGCUGUUAUUUUUUUUUCUUGUUUCCAAAUCAACCACCUGUUCUUUUAUAUCUGUAGAUUUAUGUAAAUCAGUACAAAUCAAAUAAAUCAGAUUUAAAGGUU